CUCCACUGAUCCGCAGCUCUGCGUGCGAUUACUGCCGCUCUCGACCAAUCACGGGCUCCGCCGGGGAACGCGACCGGAAGCGCAGCAGAACAACGGAAGCGGUGUCGGUGUGCGGCUGGUUUAAAGCUGCGGAACAAGCCUCGGAGAGUCAUGUCUGAGACGCGCAAGAGGAGCAGGAGGCGCUUCGGCGGACACGCGCACAAGAAACAGAGGGGCGCGCGCGAGCUGGAGGUGGGCGCGCAGGGCGUGCUCGUCACCUGCAACAUGAACGAGCGCAAGUGCACGAGCGAAGCCUUCAGCCUGCUCAGCGAGUACGCGGACGCGCUCUACGGCCCCGAGCAGCCUGCAGACACGGGGGACAGCCUCAGUGAGGACGAGGAGGACGCAGAGGCAGCUCUGAAGAAGGAAGUGUCUCAGAUACAGUCCUCGAUGAAGACGCGUCAGCAGAGGUUCAGUGCGGCGCAGAGCGGAGCUAAUAAUGUUGUGUUCAUUCACACUCAUGGAGUCGACCCAGAGCAGCUGGUCCAUCACAUCCUGUCAGACCUCCAUCAGACGAAGAAGAGGAAGUCACGUGUGAUCCUGCGCAUGCUGCCGGUCAGCGGCACGUGUAGAGCGUUUCCCGAGUACAUGGAGAAGUUCCUGAGUGUGUUCCUGGAGCGCUGGUUCAGAGCGCCGCAGCGAGCCACAUACCAGAUCUGCUUCAAAGCUAGAAACAGCAGCCACAACAAGAGAGAGGAGGUCAUCAGUGCUGUGGCCGGUCUGGUGGGGAAGCUGAAUCCACUGAAUAAGGUGGAUCUGACCAACCCUGAGCUCUCCAUCAUCAUCGAGAUCAUCAAGACGGUCUGCUGUGUCAGCGUCCUCAAGGACUACAUGCUCUUCCGCAAGUACAACCUGCAGGAAGUAGCCAAGGAGUCCACCAAUCAGAGCACAGGCCCGCAGGAAGUGGCCAAGGAGUCCACCAAUCAGAGCACAGGCCCGCAGGAAGUGGCCAAGGAGCCCACCAAUCAGAGCACGGGCCCGCAGGAGGCAGCCAAUCAGAGCACGGGCCCGCAGGAGGCAGCCAAUCAGAGCACGGGCCCGCAGGAGGCAGCCAAUCAGAGCACGGGCAAGCAGGAGGCAGCCAAUCAGACGCAGGAACACGGGGAGGGAGAGAAAGCGGAAACCGAGAGCUGCAACUUCACUGCUGGCAACGGGACGAAGGAGGCGGAGCUUGAGUGAAUGUGUGUCACAUGACUCUAGCUGUUUUUAAAAUCAUUUCUACACAGUUUGCGUUUGUUUCUUCUUCUGUAUGUGGGUGUUUAAUUACCAGCUUCUGUUCUUUGUACAGGACUUGUUUUGGACACAUUUUCUUCUGAAAAGAGGACAGAGGUGUGGAAAUCAAAUAAAACAAAUAAAAUAACAUGUGUUUGUCAGUA